AUGUCAGGAUCCUCACUUGAGCGGCUAGACGCACAGCUUUUCUUGGCUUUCUGCAGUAUCCUUGCAACAAAACCAGAGGCAAUCGAGCUGCUUCUUGCAAAAAUCAUACCCUUGAGCAAACUAGGGCAACUACGCUUCAAUCAGCCGUCGAAUCUAUUGAGAAUGAAUUUGGAAAGAAUUGCUCAAUACGCUCAGCAAAUAACAACUCAAGAGUUAGAGAGUCAAUCUCUUAACACGGCAGAGCUUUCAGAUGAUGUGGAGGAUUUGUUGCUUUGGACUACCCAUGAGUAUUCCGUUCAAUUGCCAGACGAGGAGGAUGCUGUCAAAACAGCUGCUGCCUUAGAAGCUGACUAUGCUCAGCGCAGUAAGCUGAUUGGCUAUACCAGCUGUGAAACCUACGCCAGUUUCGUUAUGGCCAAGAUCAUUCAGCUUUCCAGGUAUACUUCAGACUUGGAGCAGUACGACUUUCUUGCCAGGACUGUCCAAGGAAACGAAAGUUUCUUGGCCUGGUACCAUGGCAUCUUUGCACCAUACAACAACUUCAAACGCUCCUACGGUGUGAUUUUGGGUGACACUGCUGCGUUUGAUUUCCUUCUGCGUCAGUCAUACUCAGACAAACUAGAUUUUUUCAUCAAGCCUUAUACAGCUGCUGUGGAGAAGAACCACAUUGCAUUCAACCCACCAAAGAUUUUUUCGGAAGUGCUUUUGCCUGUUGCUUUAUACUACGGUGGUGAUCUUUCUCCACUUCUUGAAUGGGUUUACACGGAGAGGAAGCAUCCAUCAUGGUUGUCAAGACUUCUGACUUUCCAAUCAACGACAGAAAGCAUUUUGAAGUUCACAGACUACCAAGGACAGGGUUUACUGGAUGAGAGCAUCGCAGGCUUCGUUAGCAAUUAUAUCGCUUUGGUUUACUACUUUGCGCUCUAUGGUGAAUCGAGUGUGUCGUCUGUUGAUGUUUCAAGAGCCUAUGAUAUGAUUGACAAUUCCGUGACGGUCUUGAUAGAGUUGCUCGAUGUCACGAGCUCUGGAGGCACCUUACUUUCGGAGGAUGUUGAUCUUGACAACUUACCAGAAUAUCAUUCAUUCACAGAUUUUGUCUCAAGCCAUGCGAAUCCAUUGAAAUCUCUCUUCAGGCUGGACACGAAAAGAUGCCUCGCAUUUUUGAAGAACGCAAUUGCAACUUGUUGUCAGGUUUUCCCAGUCAAUGGCCUCACAGUCUCCAAAUACUUGAAGCUCAGUCAAACUGGCUCUACAGAUCAAGAGUCAGUGAAAAAGGAGGUUCUCCGUGUGCUUGCUCACUUGGAGUCUUCCAAUUAUGAGAAGCUCCUCCACUCUGUCAAACUCAUCUCAUCCUCGUUUAUCAAAGGCGACAAACUGCUUGAAGGCGAGCUUGAUCACAUUAUCUUCGAGAGACUUUUAGGUGUUGGGCUUUUCGCAAACGCUACUGAGUUCUACCAAAAUACGCCAUCUCUAUCGGUAAACCAGGCGUUUGACGUACUUCUAAAAAAAUUCAAGUAUGAGUUUGAUGAAGCCACAAACUUGGAUGAAAGAACAGGUCAUCUCAAUCAAGCUCACGAGUGUGUGAAUCUUCUAAGCACCCUUGGCUCAAGUGAAAAUCUCGAUGAAGCAUCAAGAACCCAGAUCGUCAAGCUCAAGCAUUUACUUAAAGCUAUCAGCAGCUUGAAGAACUUCAAGCUUUCACUCGAUGGUAGAGGCUCGGCCAAACCUCUGGAGGUUUUAACCAAAAUUACGAGAACAGAAGAUGACGAACAGUUCACGCCCUUUUCGAUUGUUUCGCAUGUUCUAGAGCAAAAUCCUAAGUCUUACCAUGCUUUCGAGAAGCUCUACCGCAUUGUCAAUGAUCUUGCCAUUUACCUUGGAAUAGAUGUCUCGCAUGUUCCCUUUGCAAGAAUUCAGUCGGCUUGCAUUGAGUCUGCUUUGAUUGACAACAAUUUCACAUUUGCUUACAAGCAUUCAAAAAUGCUUUUCGAUCAACACGCCGCUGACAACAAUUUCAGUAUCAACGAGUAUUGGCUCACGUUUUACCAAACUGCAAAAUACAUAGCGCCGGAAUGGUUCAACGAUGAAGAUAUCUUGGUGGAGAAAAAGAAACUCGACGUUUACCUCAAACAAAGAGAACUUCUUUUCCUCACUCUCAAGCUCACCAAGCCCUCCAGCUCAACCACAGACAACAGUCGCCUCAUUCUCACUCAACUCAAACAAAAAGAGAGAGAGAUUGAUUCUGUCUUUGAUCACCUAGGCCUGUACAGCGAGCUGAAUACGCAAAUGCAAACAGAGCCUAGCGUCUUGCAGAUACCGGAGAACGCUGGUAGGUUAUUGAACGAAGCGUCCAAAACAGCUUCUAAAACAACAUCCCACGCUAGUGACAAACUCUCAAACUUGUUUGUCUCCGGUCUAGGUUGGGCAAUUGGUGCAAACAGGCGCGAUUUAAAUACAUAA